AUGGGCUCAGAGUUGUUUGUGAAUCUAAAUAUUUCAGGGAACUUCUUCUCGGAUUUGCCCCUCAACUCUAGUUCUUCACUAUUUCUGCUGGACUGCCACAACCUUCCAGUUAUCAACUCCAUCCUCGCAGCCUUCACCGUCACCAACAUCCUCCUCCUCCCUCUCUUCACCUUCAUCCUCUUCCUGGGCUUCCAGCAGUGGAGGAAGCAGCGUUUAACCUCUACAACAGCAACAAUGAGCCAUGCUGAUGUCUUCACCUACCACAUGGUUACCAUGGAAAUGAUAGGAGCCCUGACGUGCACCAUCUACUGUAUUGGUAUAUAUAUUGAUAACCCACAGAUGAUGAAAUAUAGCGUUCAGCUGUUGAACACCACAUGGUGUUUAAAACUAAAGUUCCACAUGUUUAGCUGUGUGGAUCUCUACCUGGCUGUUGUCCACCCGGUCACCUACCUGAAACUGAAGGACUCAAACGGGGUCAGGAUCAGAAAAAUCAGUGUGGGCUGUGUUUGGCUGCUGUCACUUUUAUUUUUUAUUUUUGCUUCUUAUUGCACCACUUUUUAUGUUCUCACGAUGAAUUUCUGCCUUGUGGGUUUUGUCUUGAUUAUCGUUUCCUUUUGCUGCAUUUCUGUUCUCUGGACUCUGAGACGUCCAGCACCAGGAGACGGAAACAAGCAGCGGGCUGACCAGUCAAAACGGAGGGCUUUCAACACCAUGUCCACCAUAAUGGCAGCGCUGUGCAGCGUGUACAGCCUGGUUCACGCUGCCCAGCAGUUUGGUGUUGCCUCUGCUGUUUCUGCAGCGAGCAGGAAAACUGCCAUGCUGGCAACACUGAGGGAGAGAGGAGAGGACCUGGUCCCUUUAAGUGACCUGGCUUAA